AAUGUUUUGAACGUGUGGAAACAUGGGAAGUUGUGACGUGGGAAAAAAACCACACCCUGUUCAAAACUCCAGCACGGGCUGUUCAUAAGCAAAGCCGAUGCGUGGACUAUGCUUUAUCCGGGCCUGGUUCUCCCACUCAGAGAGACAGCGUAGCGUGCUCAUGGGGGAUGAGAACAUCUUCCGUCCUGGAACUCGGAGCAGACGGCGCGCGACCAUCACCAACACCAAGGGCGAGCUCGUGCAGCCUCUGAAUGUCGCGAACUCAGCUGAUCUCCACAACCCCACAGGGACUAAAACCAAACACAAGCGACAGGACACACACACACCUGAGAACAAGCGAAAAGAGAGUCGGAAUGAUAACUUGAGCUGUCACAGGUUGCAAGAGUCCAUGCUGAGCUCUGCAAGCAGUUUCAAAAAUUACAGAGGCAUUCUGAACUGGUGCGUUGUCAUGCUGACCUUGAGCAAUGCACGUCUAUUCUUGGAAAACCUUCUCAGGUAUGGUGUGCUCGUGGACCCCAUUCAGGUGGUGUCGUUGUUCUUGAAGGACCCGUAUAGCUGGCCUGCUGCAUGCCUGGUCAUCGUUUCGAAUGUGUUCAUACUUGUGGCGCUGUACACAGAGAGGAAAUUAGCCACUGAAACCUUCAGUGAGCAGCUUGGUCUCCUUAUUCAUAUUGUCAAUAUGUCCGUAAUCUUGUGCUUUCCGAUGGUCACUGUGCUCAAGCUGCCCUCUAUAACACCAGUUGGCGGUGGCUUUGCAUUGGCUGUCUACACUAUCCUGUUUCUGAAGCUGUACUCAUAUAAGGACGUGAACAGGUGGUGCAGGGAAAGGAUUCGGGCGAAGGCUCGCAGCCUGUCCAGAUCACUGUCAUGUCCAUCGCCACCAUCUACCAGCGGAGAAGUGUAUGUGUCCUACCCUGGAAACCUCUCUCUGAAAGAUUUGUAUUAUUUUGUUUUUGCUCCCACGUUGUGCUAUGAGCUGAACUUUCCUCGCUCUAAAUCUGUACGUAUGGGAUUCCUGCUCAGGAGGUUGUUCGAGAUGUUGCUGCUCACUCAGCUGUUAGUUGGCUUAGCACAGCAGUGGAUGGUACCAGUCAUACGAAGUUCAAUGAAGCCAUUGCAGGAAAUGGACUUCUCCAGAAUGAUUGAGCGCCUGCUCAGGCUGGCUGUCCCCAACCACUUUCUCUGGUUGAUAUUCUUUUACUGGUUUUUCCACUCAUCCAUGAACUUUGUGGCUGAGCUUUUGAGAUUUGGAGAUCGAGAAUUUUACAGAGACUGGUGGAAUGCAGAAACUGUAACUUAUUUCUGGCAAAACUGGAACAUCCCGGUCCAUAAGUGGUGCCUUCGACAUUUUUACAAGCCCUUGCUGAGAAAGGGAGCUGGCAAGUUAGCGAGCCAAUCAGCAGUAUUCUUUGCCUCAGCAUUUUUCCAUGAGUAUCUGGUCAGUGUUCCUCUGAGGAUGUUCAGACUGUGGGCAUUCACGGGCAUGAUGGCUCAGCUGCCAUUGGCAUGGUUUGUGGGCAGGUUUCUCAGGGGUAACUACGGAAAUGCUGCCGUGUGGCUUUCUCUCAUAAUUGGCCAGCCAAUAGCUGUUCUUAUGUACGUCCAUGACUACUACGUCAUCCACCACCUGGAGGAAGCAGCAGAACCAGCACCUUUCUAAGCUGCAGACUGUGUACUGCUACCGAAGCCGUCCAAUUCGUAUGUCCAAUAAGCACGUAUUUUAAGUACGUCUUCCUUAAAGAAAAAGUAGUAGUAGUAGGAUCUUCAUAGGCAGCAGAUAAAUUAACUGGAAUCAAUUUUAAACAAAUGCCUUAAUAGUUAUGUGGUGCCUUACUGUGAUUUUAUUUUAAAGUUACGGCUUGGCUGAAAUGGCUGUAUUUCACAUUUUGUAUGGCAUUACAGGCUUAGAAAGGAUUUUUUUUUUUAAGUGUUGAAUAUUGAUAUUUUAUACUUACUGGUAGGUGGAUAGAUCACAUCUAUAGCAUUUAUAGGAUUAAAAGGGAAUGAUUUUUUUUUUUAACAUGUUUAAGGAUAAUUUGUCAUUUUAGAUCAUUUUGUAAAAGGUCCUAAAAUGUCGUGUAUAAAUGGCUAACAUUUGAAGUUUAUUUUGCAUGAAAAGAACAUUUGUAGACCGUUUCUCAGUGUGGUCUGGUCUACUAUGAGCUCGGGAGGGUAUACUGGAGAACUCAGGGACUUAAAAUCAGGGAGUGCCACCUACUGGUGUCUUGUAAAUCAUAGUGUAUGAAUGAAACUCUUAGGCCGUGUAAUUAUACCUUCAUGUGGAGACAUUCAUCAAACAUAAUUAUAUUCCAUAGAAUAGCGAAUACAGUGUAAUCUCCGACUGCGAUAUUUUCUGCAGAUUUAGUCCUUUUGGAGCUAUUUGUUUUCAAGAUGAUGAGGGUGCCAGGUCCUUCCAAUCAGUACAAGUUGGUGAUAAAUGGCUUUGGAGAUAAGUUGUAUAAUAGCUUGUGGUAGCACUGUAUAAACAGCCUAUCUCCAACACCAAGAUGCAGGCAUGAUUUCACACAGCACUAUCUUAAAGGUUGAUUGCACGUUACAACACUAUGGCCUGUUUAAAACACUGCCUGACACGCGGUAGUGGAAGAAUGAUUACAGUGCAGGGAAUCAAUGCCAUUGAUGCAGAGAUGCAGUUUAUCUAUUUUUACCAGUAGCACUGUGCUCUAGUCUAAAUCAAGUUUGUUGUAAGUUCUUUAGUUUUGUAACUUUUGGAAAUGUCUUCCAUCGACUCUACAUGCAUGUUUACAAAAUGAGUUUUAUGAUUUUGAAUAUUGCUUGCUCAAUUUUAAAUAUAAACGGUUUUGUUUUUUUAUUUUCUAUGCAUGGACUUGUACUUUUGUCAUUUGGACAUUGGCACAAAUGUUAACAGUGAAUAAAGGUAUGAAAAUU